AUGGAGAACGAACAAGCUCCUACUUCAUCUAAGAGUAGCAUUCAGCCACCUGAGGGCACAAGGAGCUUUGCAGAUUGGAAGUGGAAGGGCACUAUUGUCGUGAUAUAUAUGACGAGCUUGAUCAACGGCUAUGAUGUCAGCAAUGUUGCUAAUAUCCAGCCACGCCUCUACGAGGCGUUUGGUGGUAUCGAGCUCCUACCCUGGAUAGGCUUGUCCUAUUCUCUCGCCAACUUCGCCGUCCUCUCUCUAGGGAGAAAGGCGACGUACUGUUUCGAUCUCAGGAUCAUUUACCUCACUAGCUUGGCCAUCUUUCUGGCUGGAUCUGCCGUCGCCGGCAGUGGCAAGAGUUUGACCACAGUCAUCGUUGGUAGAGUGAUCAUGGGCGUUGGCGGAGCCAUGGUCCAGCAAACAAACAUGUCGUACAUGGCCGUCUUUGCUACUGCUGCCGAGACCCCUGGCCUCUUUGGCACCAUGAGCGCCAUGUGGGCAGUCGGGCUCGUCGUGGGAGGACCUAUCGGGAGUGCCUUUGCUGAAAAUCCUCAUGCAACCUGGCGAUGGGCCUUCUAUCUGAACCUGCCCCUUGUCGGACUCGGCUUCCUCAUCUCGGCCUUCUGCGUUCCUACGCAUUCAUUCGCGACCCAGAUCCCCAUCCUCACCCGUCUGAGGAAGGCCGAUCCUCUAGGGAUGCUGUUCAACAUUGCCCUUCCCGUCAUAUUUGCCAUUGCACUGACAUUCUCCGGCCCCAUCUGGGACUGGGGCUCUCCAAACUCGAUUGCCGUCUGGGUUGUUUUCGGGGCCGGUCUCGUGGCCUGGUGGGCUCAGCAAUACUUUUGCAUCUUCACUACUCCAGAGGACCGUGCGUUCCCUAUGCACAUGCUCCGUCGACUUAACUUGAUGCCUAUCUGGCUGGCCUCCGGGUGCGCCGGUGCAUCCUACGCGGUCACUCUUUACUACAGCCCCUUGUUCUUCGCCUUCGUCAAAGGCCAUGAUGCACUCGCCCAGACUGUGCGACUGCUGCCGUUCAUCUUGCCAUUCAUCGUCGUCGUCAUGUGCACCGGCGCACUCCUGCCUCUUUUCGGACGAUACAAGAUCAUCUAUGUCCUCGCAGGCACCUUCACAGUCGCCGGGGCCGCCGCACUGAGCUCAACUUUGAAGGCUGACAUCUCCGAAUCUCAGGUCAUGGGCUUCGAGGCCCUCCUGGGGAUUGGUCUCGGUCUACAGUUCCAGCACGGGUUCGGCGUCUCCAACGUGAUCAACAAGAACUCGCGCGACCGGGUUGACAGCACGGUCAUCUGCAACAUGUUCCAGAUGGGGGCCAUCUCCACCAUUCUCUCCGUCGCCGGCUGCAUCUUCCAGAAUGUGGGCUACUCCCUUCUCGUAGAUGCCGUUGGUGGAGAAGGGUUCUCCGAUCAUGAUAUUCGCGAGGCCCUUGCCGGUGUAUCCUCUCCCAUCUGGCGGACGGGAGACCAGGCGGUGCUCAAGAGCGGUAUCGAGGCUGUGACCAAAGUCAUCGCCAAGGAGUUCUACAUCGUCAUAGCUACAGGGGCCUUGUGUCUUGUUUGUGGAGCCCUCAUGAAGUGGGAGAAGCUGGACUAUGGAAGAAAGAAGGCUUCGAAGCAGGAACCCGGAGACUCGAAUUGA